AUGGACGCGACGCACGCCGUCGUCAUGGACCUGUCCUGGAGCGACGCGCGGGCGGCGACGCCGGCGAUCCGCACGACCGUCGAGCGGACCGCGGACUUUGCGCCCGACGCGGAAAUCGCCGCGCGCGUCGCGUCGCACCUCGCCAAGGUCGAGGCCAUGGACGAGAUGGUGUUGAGCUCCGUGCGGCGCGUCCGCCGCGACCUCUUCCCGGGCCUCAUAGUCGACGCGGCCGCGGCGGCGCGCGGCCGCCGCGCGUCGCUGCGGCGGAGCGCCGCGGACGCGACGCCGCCGCUGACGUCCGUCGGCGUGCGCAACGGCGAGCGGUCCAUGGCGACGCUCCUGGCGUCGAUCGUCGCCGCGGAGCUCGGCGCGGACUGCUGCGUCCUCGAGGCCGGCGGCGUCCGGGGCAACGCGACGUACGAGGCGAGCCUGACCUUCGCGCACCUCCGGGCCGAGCUGCCCUUCGAGAACCUCAUGGCCGUCGUGCCCGUCGACGGCGCGUCGCUGUCGGCCUUCGUCCGCGACUCGCGCGACCGGCCGGACCUCCGGAGCCCGCGCGGCUACGCGUUCGUCCUCCACGGCGACGUCGGCCUCGCGUACUGCCCGGAGCGCAAGGCCGUGACGACGGUCCGCGGCGAGCCCCUGGACCCGGACCGACUCUACACCGUGGCGACCUGCGUCGACCUGGGCUUCGGCUCCGGCCUGUGCCGAAAGCAACCACUGGUUUGGGUGGUCCUGACCAAACUUGAGAAUUCUCUAGCUCGGUCAAAUCAAAGUCGAUUCGGCUGA